AUGUCGAUUCCAUUCUCCAACACCCACUACCGAAUUCCACAAGGAUUUGGGAAUCUUCUUGAAGGGCUGACACGCGAGAUUCUGAGGGAGCAACCGGACAAUAUACCAGCUUUUGCAGCAGCAUAUUUUGAGAACCUUCUAGAGAAAAGAGAGAAGACCAACUUUGAUCCAGCAGAAUGGGGGGCUAAGGUAGACGACCGCUUCUAUAACAACCAUGCAUUCCAGGAGGAAGAACUACCUGAGAAAGAUGUACCUGAAAAUGAAAAGUCUCAGGAAUCUGUGAAUGAGGAAGAGACAACAGUCACAGUUUUAGAGCCUUCUAAGGAAGAUAAGGAAAAAAUGGAGUUUGCUGCUGUUAAAAUCCAAGCAGUCUUCCGGGGACAUUUAGCCAGACAGGCGGUGAAGAAGAUGAAAUUAGCUGAAAGUGCAAAAGAGGAAACAGCAUGAGAAGACUGGUUUCACCCCAGGAAACAUGAAAAAAAAGAAUCCAGAUCCAACAACCUUGUGUGAGAUUGUCUUUUUUUUUUUUUUUUCCUUAGUAAGGGAGAUUUGAUGUAGUGAAAAAACAUUUGUUGCUGUUGUGAAAAUCUGUCAUGAGCAUUUGUUUAAUAAACAUGCCACUUGAAACAUUGCUACUUGCAGAUUUCUCUGAGAUUAUGAGUCUUAUUUAUAUUUCUCCCAAGCCUAUGUAUGGAGACCCUUGGAAUUAAAGUUAUAGAACUGGAAUACCUGAUUUCUCAUAGCCCACAGAGGUUAUGGAGUUCUAACCAUUAUCUAAUGAAUAAAUCUUUUCCAUAGCAUCCCAAAAAUAUGGUCCUCUAGCUCCUGUUUCACUCCUAGCAGUAGAGAAUCACAUUGCCUUUCAAGGAUACUCCAUUUAAUUUUUUAAUAGCUCAAAUUUAUAGAAAGAUAAGCUGAGUCAAAAAUCUGCCUCCUUUAAGUUUCAACCAUUGGGUUUCAUUUGUCAUGCAUGCAUUCAAUCAUUUACUGGAAGUAUAUUAGGUACCAUUCAUGUGCUGGGAUUUUUUUUUUCAUUCGUUCUUAUACGCAUGCAACUUAGAGUCUUUUUAUUGUCUUGCUCUCCAGAGCCACACAGAACAAGACUAAUACAUCACAUUUGAAAAAACAAAACCUAUCAUAAACCAAACCCAAUACUGUAGAGUCAAUUCCAACUCAUAGUGACCCCAUAGGACAGAGUAGAGUGCUAAAAUUCUUUGUGUGUGUGUGUGUGUGUGUGUGUGUGUGUGUGUGCUUUAGGUGAAAGUUUAUGGAGCAAAUUAGUUUCUCAUUAAACAAAUUAAUACACAUAUUAUUUUGUGACAUUGGUUGCCAACCCCACAAUGUGUCAACACUCUCUCUUUCUUGACAGCUUCCCCAUUUCCCUUCAUCCAACUUUCCUGUCCCUCCCUGACUUCUUGUCUCUGUUUUUGGGCUAGUGUGUCCAUUUAUUCUCAUAUACAUAGUUGAACUACGUGUGUUAUUGUUUUUUUUAUAGGCCUGUCUAACCUUUGGCUGAAGGGUGAACUUUAGGAGUGACUUCAGUACUGAGUUAAAAGGUUGUCCAGGGGCCAUAUUCUCAGGGUUUCUCCAGUGGCUGUCAGAUCAGUAAGUCUGAUAUUUUUUUGUGAGUUUGGAUUUUGUUCCACAUUUUUCUCCUCUGUCUGGGACUCUCUUUUGUGAUCUCUGUCAGACCAGUUGGUACUGGUAGCCGGGCACCAUCUAGAAGGCUGUGGUAGUUAUGGUCCAUUAGUCCUUUGGACUAAUCUUUACCUUGUGUCUUUUAUUUUCUUCACUUUCCUUUCCUCCAGACAGGGUAGGACCAGCAGAC